ACCAUCAGUAUGCCACCCUCCAAGACCAAACCAGUCAUUCUCUCCCUUGAAGCGAUUGCCUCCCAAGCCCCAGAAUCCUUCCCCGACCCCUCGCACGGCCAUCUCACCUGGCGCACUCUCUUCACCCACCCCACCACCCCAACGAGCGAUCUCUGUGCUGGAAUUGCCGUCUGUCCUCCGCAGACAGGCCACCUCUGCGCCCACCGUCACACGCAAGCAGAGCUUUACUACGUGCUCGAAGGUCGCGCUACGGUGACGAUCGACGGGCAGCCCCACCAGAUCGCCAAGGGCACGGCCGUGUUUAUCCCCGGAGAUGCAGAGCACUCGGUCAUGAACGAUAGUGAUGAGGAUUUCAAGUGGCUUUAUGUUUUCCCUGGGGGGAGCUUCGGGGAUGUUGUCUACCGAUUUUCGGCGAAGGCCAAGUUGUGAUGGCUGACGAGGACUUUUAUGUACCGAGGGCUAUUUAUAGCUCGGCCCCGCUGUCGUUCUCGUUCUCGCUCUCGUUCUCGUUCUCGCUGUGAGGGCAUCCCAAGCAUAAAUUAUGUCGAAUGGAAGGUUGAUGGAUGAAAG